GUGCUGGCAGAGAAGCGGAGCUUGGGCAGUAGGGAUGGGCCCCCACACCUCGUGGUUCUGGUGCCGCUGCACAGCAAGGCUGCAGCCCACAACACCCUCCGCUUACUGCAGAGCCAGGACUCGGCUGUUGUCCGUGUGGAUGAGGGGAAAGCCGGUGGCUUUGCGCUCCUCUGCCCCCGACUCAAGCAGCGCUGGCGCUUUGUGACAGCAGAGGCAGGGGACCUUCAUGCUGUCUUAGACCUAGCAAAGGUUGCCGACUCCCUCCUGUUUAUCUUGGAUCCCGCAGAUGGCUGGGACAGCGCAGGAGAGCACUGCCUCUCCUGCCUCUUCGCACAGGGGCUCCCCAGUUAUGCUCUUGCUGUCCCGGGGGGCACUGAUUUGCCACCUAAGAAGAGGAUAGAUGCCAGGAAGAAACUUGCCAGGGCCAUUGAGAAGCGCUUUCCCGAUGCCAAGCUCUUCCCCCUGACCACGGAGCAGGAGUCCUCGCUGCUGCUGAGGCACCUUGCCACCCAGAAGCAGCGGCACCUCGCUUUUCGGGACAGGCGGGCUCACCUGCUCGCCUAUGCUGCUGAGUUUGUCCCCGGUGAGGAAAGCGACCUGGUUGGGACCUUGAAGGUGUCUGGCUUUGUCCGGGGACAGACCCUCGACGUGAACAGCCUGGUGCAUAUUGUGGGGCAUGGAGACUUCCAGAUGAGCCAGGUCGAUUCACCCCCUGAUCCCCUCUCUUUGAACCCCCGAGUGAUUAAAGGACAGAAGAGGAGUCAGGACAUGGAGGUACAGGAUGACUCUGUAAAUGGUACUGAUGAGAUGGAGGAAGAUGUUAAGGUCCUGAUGAAGGCAGAUCCAAACAAGCAGGAGUCUUUGCAGUCAGAAGUGGUUCCUGAUCCUAUGGAAGGGGAGCAGACGUGGCCUACUGAAGAAGAACUGCAAGAAGCAGAGG